AAACUCUGGGCGGGGGGCUGCUGGAAGAGUCAAGUCUGGGAUGUUAACCUUUCUCUCUCCUCCUGCACUGGCAGGAAGCGAGCCCUGGGGCUCACAGACGGUAUUCACAAUCUGGGCACUGUGCGCUGGGAGCUGGCUCUCUGCCUCCUGCUCGCCUGGGUCAUCUGCUACUUCUGCAUCUGGAAAGGAGUCAAGUCCACAGGCAAAGUUGUUUACUUCACUGCCACAUUUCCCUACUUGAUGCUUUUUGUCUUGCUGAUUCGAGGGGUCACCCUGCCUGGUGCUGCUGAGGGGAUCAUGUUCUACCUGAAGCCAGACAUUUCCAGGCUUGCAGACCCACAGGUGUGGAUGGAUGCAGGCACUCAGAUCUUCUUCUCUUAUGCUAUCUGCCAGGGGUGCCUGACAGCCUUGGGCAGCUACAACAAGUACAAUAACAACUGUUACAGGGACUGCUUCAUGCUAUGUUUCCUGAAUAGUGCCACCAGCUUUGUGGCCGGCUUUGCUAUCUUCUCUGUGCUGGGCUUCAUGGCACAAGAACAGGGCGUGCCCAUUUCAGAAGUGGCUGAGUCAGGUCCGGGCCUAGCAUUCAUUGCGUAUCCAAAGGCUGUAACGAUGAUGCCUGUGUCUCAGCUCUGGUCCUGCCUAUUCUUCCUUAUGCUGAUCUUCCUGGGACUGGACAGCCAGUUCGUCUGUGUUGAGAGCCUGGUGACGGCCAUUGUAGAUCAUGCAAACCUCGUGUUCAAGGGCACUCCGAAUCCAUUCAUGUCAGGUCCCACCGUGUUCCACUGCAUCAUCCACUGCUUGCAAUCAGCGCGCUGGAACCACAGAAAAUGUGCGGACCGUUUCUAUGACAACAUCGAGGACAUGGUUGGUAAUCGGCCGUGGCCGCUGAUUAAGAUGUGCUGGCAGGUUGUCACCCCUGGUGUUUGCCUGAUAGGUACAAACUAUGGUGAGGCAUGUUUGUACAGGGAUCCUAUCAUCUGA